GCAUUUUAAAUUUUUAAAAUUAUAUCUCUACUAUUGUUAUAAAGUUUUCGAAAUGGAUAACAAACCUCUUUAUCAGUUUUGUAAGGAGCUUGGAUGUUGUGAUGUGUGCUGUUUUAGAUUUAUGGGCUAUAAAAAGCCCAGUGUUUACACUGAUGUUAAAAAAUGUGCAGAGAAGUACAUAGAUGCAGAUAAAAAUAACGAACCACUUAUUUUUACGAAUACUGUAAAAACGUCCAAUUUAGAAGAAUCAAUCAUCACUACACAAACAAACAUGCAAACAAAUCCAUCAGAAGAUUCAACACAAAAUAAACGGAAUUCUGAAUCGUUUCUGUGUAAUGAUAGUCCGUUAUAUCCUCCGAAUAAGAAACAAAAGAUUGACGUGUGCGUGAGCUGUCUUGGUGUGCUUCAAGAGGAUUAUUGGGACCACACUAUUUGCAGCAUAAAGGAAAUAUUUCAGAAGAAAAACUAUGAAUGUGAGUCUUACACAUGUGGCUUGUCAGCUCCCAUAUCAACGAUAAUGCGAGAGAAAAUAAUUGCGUUAAAAAUAAAGGACGCAUUCCCAGAUUAUGAUCCAAAUAUAAUAACACCACUAAAAGACGCAUGGAAAAUGACAUUCAGGGAACGAGUGGCGGUCAAUAUUGAUAAAAAGUUUGAUAUGGACUCACCGCUCCUUAUAACAGUGCAUUUGGAUUAUCCUAAUGAUUUGCAGGAAUUGGAAAUCCUCAAAAUAGUGUCGGCGGAUUUGUUCAUAUCUCGCAGUAAACAGAAAAGGAGAUUCCCCACAGAAUUCACAAGACAAUCUGUUGAACAGGCUCUAGAAAACGCAACAUUAGCAUCACUGCUAGCGUGCGGUGCGAACCUCGCGGCGCAAGAGCACGCGCAGUGCGUGAGCGUUGUUUGCGCGCAUGCGCCGGCUUAUUUGGCGGGGAGGUACAUAAAACUAAGCAGAAACCUACCCCAAUCGCCGUGGGUGCUAGACGGCAAAAGAGUCCUACCAACUUCGGUACAGGAAAUUAUAUUCGCGCCACUGGCUAAGUUAUUCAAUUUCUCAGAUAGUGAUGUAGAGAGUCGAUUAAAAUUCAUAGCGGCCGGUCGAGAAGAUGUCGAUGUCAGAUGUUUGGGGGAUGGAAGACCGUUUGCUAUUGAGAUUUCCGAUCCGUUAAGACAAUUAAAAUUAGAAGAAUUGGAACAGGCUUGUGCUGAAAUAAGCAAAAGCGGUGACGUAGUUGUCAAGUCACUAACUUAUGUUAGCAAAGAUGAUUUAAUACAACUGAAGAAAGGCGAAGAGACAAAAUGCAAGACAUAUGAAGCGUUAUGCAUUAAGCUUACACAUUCGAAAUUUGAUGAUGAUGACACAACAGCUCCUAUAAAAGUAACAGAAAAAGACAUAGAAUUCAUAAACACGUACCGUAAUACGGAACUCAAUGAUCCGGCUAGGAUAAACAUUAAACAGAAAACGCCGAUACGAGUUUUGCACCGGCGGCCUUUGAUCAAUAGAUCGAGGCAAAUUUUGGAUUUGAGCGCUGAAAUGGUGCCCGAAUACCCGCAACUAUUCCGAGCACAUCUAGUAACAUCAGCGGGCACAUACGUAAAGGAGUGGUUGCACGGGGAACUAGCCAGAAGCAGGCCGUCCCUCUCGCACUUGUUGCGAGCGGAUAUAGACUUGCUCGCUCUAGACGUCACUAGGGUGCACUUGGAUUGGCCGAUACGGGAAUAAAUUGUUUUUU